CACACGAUACUGUGUAUACAACCUAUUGAUUAUUUGCACACGAAACUGAAUAUUUGAAUAACGUGUGCAUAUACAUAUACGUAUUUAAUUUAUAUUCUUUAUUCAACGGGCGUGAUCCUUAUAAGUACUCCUUUCAACAAAGGAAUAUACAAUAGAAAACACGCAUUCAAACCAAAAAAAUGUCUGACCCCUGCAACUGCUUAGAAACUGGAAAGUGCGAAUGUGCAGAUUCCUGCCCCUCAAGUGGAUGUAAAUGUGGCCCCAGUUGUAAAUGUGGACCCAGCUGUAAAUGCCCCGGAUGUAAAGUCAAAUGCAACUGCAGCGAAACAUGCGGUUGUGGAAAGGGCUGCACGGGACCUGAAAAUUGUAAUUGUACCGACAGCACCUGUGCUUGCAAAAAAUGACUCCAUGUGAAAGAUUUGCAUUGUAAAGAACAAAAUAAAUACUUAAUGUGCCAUA